AUGGAGAUGCAUGUUAGAGAAGAACUCUGCUUUCCACAAUUUUUAAAUAGCUCCUGCAAGAAGCCUCAGUCUUCCUGGAAAGAAUUUUUACUCCUACAGAUUAUGCUUUCCUCACUCUCUCUGCUCACUUCAACUCUCAACCUGCUUGUCAUUAUCUCAGUUUCCUACUUCAAGCAGUUACACACACCUACCAACAUCCUCCUCCUCUCUCUGGCCAUCUCAGAUCUCCUUGUGGGUCUUCUGUUGAUGCCUGUUGAAAUUAUCCGAAACACAGCCUGUUGGAUUUUUGGGGAUUUCUCGUGUUCUUUGUAUAAUUCAGUGUCUUUAAUCAUAACAUUUUCUUCAGUGGGAGAUGUUGUGCUCAUAUCGAUUGACCGCUAUAUGGCAAUAUGUGACCCUCUGCAUUACUCUUCCAGAGUCACUGAAAGAAGAGUUAAAGUCUGUGUCUGUGUGUGUUGGCUUUGUUCUGUUUUUUACGGCAUUCUUAUAGUAAAGGAUGACUUUACAAAGCCAAGUAGGUACAGUGUGUGUUUGGGGCAAUGCAUAAUUACUGCUGACUACAUUGCAGGAACUGUUGAUCUUAUGGUAAGCUUUAUUAUUCCAGUUACCAUCAUCAUAGUUCUGUACAUGAGAGUAUUCAUUGUAGCUGUGUCUCAGGCUCGUGCUAUGCGCUCUCACAUAACAUUUUUCACCCUGCAGCUUUCAGCGACACAAACAAGCAAAAAAUCUGAGUUGAAAGCAGGCAGAACUCUUGGUGUUCUUGUAGUGGUUUUUCUAAUAUGUUUCUGCCCAUAUCACUGUGUGUCAUUUGCAGGAAAUGAUAUGCUUAGUGACUCAUUUUUAUCCUAUGCGCUGUUUCUGCUUUAUUUUAACUCCACCAUAAACCCCUUAAUUUAUGCACUGUUCUACCCAUGGUUUAGAAAAGCUGUCAAACUCAUUGGUACACUUCAGAUUCUGCAGCCUGGCUCGUAUAAAGCUAACAUCUUGUGCAAAUGA